AUGGGUGGAACCGGGACACUCAGAACGGCAAACUCCGAGAGAAUCGCACCCGUCAUUUCAAAUGGACCCUCUGCUGGCCCUGGGAUAUCUAGAGCCGCAAGUCUACAAGAGAUCCUCGGACAAGGAGGGUGCUCGUGGCUGGUCUCCGAAGAGCUCCAGCUUACCCCGGAAGAGGUCGAACUAUCCAAGAGCCAAUCUGCCAUCAAAUUGGUGCAAGAAGACAAGCCGGCAUGGUGGCGCUAUUCUGGAGUCGAGAAGCCGGUCGACCCCGUUGAGCUACUAGCUGCAGAGGCCGGGGCGGGCUGUGGGGUGGGCGAACGCAUCAUGUGCAUUGGCAACAAAGACCAGAUCAAGGAAGUAGUAGAAAGAGGCCAGCACUGGGAAGCCGCACUACUUCUGCAGUCGAAUCAGAGGCCUCUUGCAAAGAUACAGAGACUGCUGCAGAUCAUGGAGAUGAACAGACUUCCAUCUUACGAUUUCUUGUCGGAUGAGACACACGAUGUGGUACAAGCUAUCAAUUACUUAUGGGCGUUGCAUAUACUGGCUCCGGCAAUGCACUAUACGGCUGUCUGCCUGAGUCUUAACUACUACUUGACCUCGUUACCGCUGGGCAAAGACCGUGCUGUCAUUGCGGAAAAUCGCCUCAAGAUAUACCAUUAUCGAGGCCUUGCUAUCCGCGCUCUGAAUGAGAAUGUGGCGAGGAGGAACACCCGCAGCAGUGAUCAAACAAUCGCCAGCAUUCUUAUGUUCCUGGCAAUGGAGAUUAGUAUCACUGAGCCACUCGAACAGCAUAUCGAGGAAGUGAAGAAGGUGUAUAGCCUUAUCCUCCCUUACACACUGUGUCCGUCGACACUCUUCAUUGAGAUAAUCCGCAUCAACCGCCUGCGUCAACAGCUCAGCCUCACACCCGUUGUGGAUCCGCAUCAGUACGCUGAAGAUUCACGAAGCAUUCUUUCCCGCAUCGAAUCCUUCUCCCCAAGAGAAUGGGCGCAGUCCAGAGAUCAAGAAGAUGACUGGCAGCUGAUCGCAUCGAUUUGGCAGUCUGCAAGCGCACUCUACUGCAUAAUGUCCUUGCAAGCUGUUGACAUUAUUCCCAGCAACACAGAGAUGGAUCGCAUGCGAAUGCGACAUCGCGAUCGUCUACUCAAAGAUCUGAAGCCUGCCACGCCCUUGAAGCAGCUCAAGAAGAUAUCCACAUUUCCACUUUGUGUGCUUGGCGUAGAAGCAGGCUAUCACGUUCAGCAAAGCACUCAGAUCUGGAUCGAACGGCACUUGGAGGGUCAUGCCCGCCUUCUUGGCAGCAACAGCCCUUUGAAGGCGCGGGAAGUGCUCCGACGAUACUGGCGGCGGCAGAAACCCGGUUGGAAUGAGUGCUUUGAUGAGCCGUAA